GCUCUCGAGGAUCAGGGCUGGAGACCACUGUUCUAGGGGCUCCGUAUCAAAUGGUGAACAUCACUUUAAUUUUGUUUAAGAGGUGCGAACUAGCUACAACUCUCAAUUUCGAUUGUUACAGAAGUUUUUUCAUUUUAUUAUUUACAUUGUUACAGUGGCACGCGCCCAGUUUCGCGUUUGAUUCCGUAGCGCGAGAAGUGGUGAUAAAACCGUUGCCGUGGACCGACCGUGUUGACGAGGCCGUAACUUUUACACAUAGACGAUUGCUGGGGAACAAGGAUUUGGAUUUUGAUACGGUCAACUGGCAAGUCAUGGAUCAGUUCUUUGGGAUACUGGGCCCUAAUGCUCAGUCGACACCCAAACCAAGAGACGGCUCCAAAACCCAGGGCCAGACUGAAGGCCCAGGCCCUGACCACGACUCCAGAGGGGAAAGAACCUCGGUGGGGAGCCAGGACGAGAGUUUUGAGCAGCACGUGAGUGACGACUCUGGAAUCGGCAUCUUCGCGCGGGACCUGGAGGGGGAGCUGAAGAGCGGUGACUCAGCCUACUUCUCCGCCCUCAGCUCCAGAGUGGACCAGAUCGGGCGGAGGGUCCAGGACCUGGUGGAGAAGAUCAACGACAGGCGGGCCACGGACCAGGAGAUCGUGAACGACUUCCAGGACAAGCUGACCAAGAAGGUGAGUGAGGUGUGCCAGCAGGUGAAGGAGCAGAUGUUCGGCACCUACGAGGCCAACGGCCGGCUGAUAGAGUCCAGGCUCCAGGAGAUCUCUGAGGUGUUGGGCCGCAGCAGCCAGCUCAUCUCCGAGCUGCAGGGAGCCAGCCAAAUCCUGGCCGCCAUCAACAAAGGUCUGUGCAAGACCCCGGAGCGCUCCCUCAGCCAGUCAGAGCUUUAGGAACACCCUCUCAGCCAAUCCAAGCUUUAGGAACACCCUCUCAGCCAAUCUGAGCUUUAGGAACACCCUCUCAGCCAAUCCGAGCUUUAGGAACACCCUCUCAGCCAAUCCGAGCUUUAGGAACACCCUCUCAGCCAAUCUGAGCUUUAGGAGCACCC